AUGCUACUAGGCAAGCGUCUUUCUUCAAGUCUUUUCAACGCCCGAGAUAUGAAAGGGCAGGAAAACAGGGUUUUCUUUUUCACAAUUCCCCCCAAAAAACACAAAAAACCUGACACGCCAUGCACUUGCAAAGAGGGCCAACGUCAACACGAAAGCCGCCAUUGCUCUUUCGCUUCCAUCAAAGCUCUCAACGUCUCACUUUUCUCGAAUCACCACACUGUCGAGCAAAUCUUCGACUUUAUUAACGACUGUCUCCAGAUUCCACGGCCAUCUUGA